CUAAAUUCAAAAAUAAAAUAAAAAAAAAGACUGAACUGUGCGUUUUAUUGAGAGCAAGGUCCUCUUCAAUCUUCAUCGUCUUCUUCCUCGUGGAUCUGCGCUAGGGCACCGCAAGCAGCCUGCAAAAUCACAGAAGCAGCUGGUAUUCAAUGGCUACUCUGAGAAACCUGAAGAUCAAGACGAGUACGUGCAAACGCAUUGUGAAGGAGCUGCAUUCUUAUGAGAAGGAAGUUGAGAGAGAAGCUGCCAAAACAGCUGACAUGAAGGACAAAGGAGCUGACCCUUAUGAUCUCAAGCAGCAGGAAAAUGUGCUGGCUGAGUCUAGGAUGAUGAUUCCUGACUGCCGCAAGCGCCUAGAGGCUUCUUUGGCUGACUUGAAAGGAGCAUUGGCUGAGUUGGAGGAAUCAGAUGAGAAGGCCGGUCCUGAAAUUGAGGAAGCUCGAAACACCAUUGCAGAAGUUGAAAAAGUAUUCGAAACAAUUGAAGUUUAGCUGGGUGGUUUCAUUAGAGUUUUCGAUGGAGAGGAUAUUGGGCCUUUAUUAUAUAAUUUCCUGGUCACAAACAAUCAUACAUUCUUCUUGUUGGAUGCGCCCUCUCCUCCCCCCGUCUCUCAAAGACAUAUU